AUGCAACAUCGACCGUCUGAUGUAGCAGGACAUCUUUCCUUGCAGAAGGCCCUUCGACGCAAAGGAGAAGAGAACUGCAAAGCUAUCAGCUUUGAGUUAGGGAGAUUAAGAAGACCAUCUCCUUUCAGUUUGGUUGAUAGAAAUAAUUUGAAAAACCAACUUAAAUUAUCAAAAGCCUCGCUUUUUAGCGUCUUUGAUGAUCAUUGGUGCGUAAAAAAAGGAACUUUGCAUCUAUGUAGAGCUCUGCAAGAUAAACGUUCAGUUUUCAGCACUUGGGCAUCUCGUGUUUGUUCCAGAAAUCAAUUUGAGACAUCAAAAAUUCUGUAUUUCUGUAGCAAAGGCACUCUUUUUAGGGAAAAGCUUUUUUCAUUGAGUGUUCUAAGAGGAUUGUGCACUGAUAGUCGUAAAAGAGAUUCAAACUUUAGUCAGAAAAAUACUCAAGCUGUGGUGAAAGGUCAAGCUGCUUUUGUGGAUUAUCUUCAUGGCACUAGAGGCUUGCAAUUCACUGAUGCUGAGCACAUCAGCAAGAACUCCCCAAUUUUUCUUGGUCGGCUUCUGAAGAAGGUGGAAAAUGAAGAAGAUGUAGAGCGGGCAUUGAUGCGAUAUUUCCGGUACCAUCCUAUUUAUGAAUUUGAGCCAUUCUUUGAGAGCGUGGGGCUUAAACCUUCUGAGUAUAAUCAACUUCUUCCGCGAGAUUUGAUGUUUCUUUCUGAUGAUGAGAUGUUGCUUGAGAACUACCAUGUUUUGUGUAACUAUGGAAUUGCUCGAGGAAAGAUUGGUAAGAUUUACAAGGAAGCUGCGGAGGUUUUCAAGUAUGACUUUGGCUUGUUGAGUUCAAAACUUCAAGCUUAUGAGGCGCUGGGGUUGAGUAAAACCAGUGUUAUUAAGCUUGUGGCUUCAAGCCCUCAGCUUUUAGUCAAGGAAGUUGAUAGGAUGAUGUUUGUUAAAGUGCUAGAGCAGCUGGAGAGCAUGGGUAUACAACGAGAUUGGAUUGGUGGGAUUCUGUCUGAGAAGAAUACAUACAACUGGGGCAGAACACUCAUGCUUUUGCACUUUCUUCAUCAUCUGGGGCUCUCUAGUCAAGAAGUAGCAAUAUUUAUCAGAAAGCAGCCUAAUGUUAUAUCAGAUGGUUCUGGGAAGACUGUUUUUCUGCUGAUUGGGUUACUAGUGAAAAUGGGUGGGAGAGAAAAGGAAGUCAUCGCGAUGUUUACUCAAUUUCCUUCUGUUCAAAUUGGGAGUUACAUAAAAAAUGUUUUACGGGGCUUGCAGUUUCUGAUUGACAUUGAAAUGGAUCACAGUGAUAUUCAGAACCUUAUAUGUACUCACAUGGAUAUUUUCGGUAUGUGUAAGUUAAAAAGGCCUAAUAGUAUUAUCACCACCCUCAAUGUUGGGAAAAAGCGGUUGUGCAAGAUUAUAAAAAAUGAUCCGCACGAAUUGAAGAAAUAUGCUUUUGGAUUAAAAGUCACUCCUCUGCCAAACUCUGGUGAUGAUGAAAGAUCCCUUAUGGAGAAGAAGAAGUUCUUGUUGCGCUUAGGAUUUGUGGAGAAUUCAAAAGAGAUGAACAAGGCACUUAAGGUGUUCCGCGGAAAGGGCGAUGAACUUCAAAAUCGGUAUGAUUUUCUGGUCAAAGCUGGGUUUGAUGCAAAUGAUGUCUCAAAUAUGAUCAAAAUGGCACCGCAGAUUCUGAACCAGAAGAUAGAUGUCCUCCAGAGGAAACUUGAUUUUCUUUUGAAUAAUUUGGGCUACCCCUUGAGUACCCUGGUUGCAUUCCCCUCUUGUAUGUCAUAUACUGUAGGGCGUGUCAAGCUUCGGUUUUUGAUGUAUGAUUGGCUUAAAGAUAGAGCCAGAGUUAAUCCUGGAUUGGCAUUGAGCAGUGUCCUUGCAUGUUCUGAUAAGUUGUUCAUGAAGAGGUUUGUAAAUUGUGACCCUAAAGGCCCAGAAGUCUGGGAGAACUUCAAAAAAGCAUUAUCUUCAGGCUAGUACAUUGCAUGCAUUGAUUCAUUCUUUUCUUUUUCGCUCUCUAAGAACUAAACACCUAAUUGUUUUGGUUUGAGAAUUUUGCAAACCUUUGUGCACAUGUGAACUAUGUGUAACCAGUGCAAUAUAUAUACACACACGCACUUAGUUCAAGCGUUCUUUUACCUAUUUGACUCCCUUUUUUUGUCCUUUUGGGUUUUUGAUUAUGUUAACCUUCUCAUUGAUGCCAUCUUAUGUAUCAUUGUUUUUAGUUUCUUAUUCCUCAUUGUUCAACCAUCAAAGAAUUCUAAACUACUUUUGAUGUUUUUGAAGCUUCAACAGCAAAUGCUGCGUUGAAUCUUACAGGUCCAUAGCUGCUUCUAACACCCUGUUUUUAGAGAAUAAUGUUUCAUUUCUCUUCCUCUGUAAAAUUAAGCUAAAUGGAUGCUGUGUACAAGUUGAUUAAUUUGAAUCUUGUAAUUUACAACCUUUAAUUAUCAUUAGCAUUCUCUAGUGGUUUAUGCUUUCCUUGCUGCUGUAUGCUGAACUGCUUGACAUUGAGAUUAAGGGUUGUAUCAUUUUUGGUAACGAGUUGCAAGUUAUUAUAUUACAAAUUGUUUCACUCUGAAUAAUAUAAUGAGCACAAGGGAAUAACUGAUUGAUUGUACCACAAAGGCUCAUUUGGUGAGGUAAUGAUCUUUCUUCCAUAUAUCAUCAAUAUAUGAACUUUCAUCCACUUCCUUUGUUUUCUGUAGCAGUUUGCUGUUUUUACUUUACAGAGCUGAGGUUUUUCACUGAUACCAGUCUAGAUGGGUCUUGCUUUCGUGGUCAGUCAUCUAG